GCCUAGCGUCUCAUGUCCAGUACUGACUGCACGGUCUGCUAUGGGAACACGAUGAGUGACAAUCCCAGUUCCCAGAUCUCAAGGCUGGCUCCAAAAUACCAAAAUUUCCAGUCUCGAGAUAUUCAAGAUAAAACCACAUGAAACUGGUCUAUACAACUGGGAUCCCCAUCCUGGAAAUCAUAUGGAACCGAGUCCAUGUCUCCAUGAGUACCAAUAUACCGACUCUGAAGCUCUACUGACGAUGUUAGAAAAUGCUCUCCAUGUACGAGAAUGUUUCUCGUCGGUCACCAAAGAACGAGCGGCUAGCUCGGCUGAAGCUCGACCUUAUUUCUUCACGAUACUCGCAAAGCUUGAGUUACUUGAUGAUCCCAGAAGCACGGGAUCUAAACAUCCAGUACGAAACCCACUUCAUUAUGAAUGGAACUUCAAACACCACAAGUAUGAGCUCGACUGGUAUGCCGACUAUACGCUUUUUUAUGGCCAGCCAUGGGAGGUGGAGAGCAAUCUGCUCGUAGUAGAGGCCAAAAAGGACGGAGAGUAUGGGGAUGGGAUCGCCCAGUGCCUCGGCUAUAUGGACAUGAUCUGGUAAUACCGCAAGCUGGACAGGAGGAAGAGACAUACUGUAUACGAAUGGUGUCUGAUGGAUCUACUUUUACGUUUCUUCGUCUAUCGAUGGUAUUGGAGGCUCUGAGAGGCAUGUAUUUGAUCUAUGUGUGGCCACUUGUUAGUGCUAUACAUGUUUGUCAAUUCUUGUAAGGAUUAUCGACUGUUGAUUCCUAUUGAAUU